AUGCAGAAAUGCAGACGACGCAGUGGUGUAUUCAAGUUUGUUUGUAGAGAUCGCGCUUGGGGACCGAAAAGCUUGGCGGCGAUCAUCGUUCAAGAUUCUCGUGUCGCCUUCAACUUCAUCUUCGGCCUUCGUCUGCCUCCGCCUCUCUCUUCUCCUUUUCUCUCCCAACUGCCCCUUUGUCCACUCCUUCGCCCGCUACUCUUCCUUUGUUUCGGAUUGUCUAUUGUGUUCUCCCUCUUUCAGCUUUUCUUUCCUCUCGUCGUCCUCCUAUUGGGCGGCCCUGGUCCGGCUCACCCAGUCUCAUCCACGCCCUCAUGCAUCAUCGUCCACCUGCAGACUUGA